CAGUAUAAAAGAUGAGAAAAGUUUAAUCAAAACCUUGUACUUUACAGUAUCAAAUAAGAAUUGAGUGUAUUAAAAGCUAUUGCAGAUCACUGGAGAAUACAGAAAAAUUGGAAUCUGCAGGAGCUAAUUUUCACGGCCAAUAAAAUGACAAACAAGCCAGGUUUGUCCGUCUGAUAUUUAUUUUUUUAAGCUCCUUCCUGCAGAACUAAAGGCAAAAUGCUAUUCCUAUUUCACAGUGCAUCCAUUAUCUGUUGCUUUUAUGCUCCAUACCAUAUCGUUCAUCUCACAAUCAUUUAACUGUGGCCCCCGAUAUCCCUUCUUAAGAACAUUCUCACUUCUCUCCUUUUUGCUUUCCUCUCCUGGAAUCCUACUAUAUAAACACCAUUUGGCGUGUCCUUAUGAUAUGAACCAACACUCAAGCCUCACUUAAGAGUUUUAAAACACACCGACACUAUUCCGUACUCCGUACUCUGUACACUCACAACCAAAUUCAUUUCCUUACACUUGUACCACUAUCACAGUAAUGGAGCGUAACCAAUUGCAUCGUCAAGUUGCUCAGAUGAGACAAUCUUUCUUUGAUCAGGGAUUUUUGGAUGAGCAAUUUGUUCAGCUAGAAGAAUUGCAGGAUGACACCAACCCGAAUUUCGUAGAGGAAGUUGCAACUCUUUUCUAUAGAGAUUCAGGAAGGUUGCUAACCAAUCUAGAGCAAGCAAUGGAAAGGAGUCCACUAGACUUUGUUAGGUUGGACAACAUCAUGCAACAGUUCAAAGGAAGUUGCUCAAGCAUCGGAGCCAAGAGGGUGAGAAAUGAAUGUAAUCAGUUCAAAGAAUAUUGCAGGGCAGGAAACAGUGAUGGCUGCAUGAGGACUUUCCAGCAAUUGAAGAGAGAAUAUGCGACUCUUAAAAGGAAACUUGAAUCCUACUUUCAGUUGGUUAGACAAGUUGGGCCCAGGGAAAUGCCUACUCGCCCACGCUAGAUAGAUGGUGUUGUAGGAGAAGUGGCUCAGAAACAUGAUUGGUGAACUCCAUACCAGUUUAUGGUCUAGAAAUUUUAGCUGCUGGAGCUUUUAGGCCCUGUUUCACCUGAUGAAAAUGGGAGAGUUUAGCAUGUUUUACUUUGCUUUAACUCCCGUAUGUUAGAGAUAUAUGUUGUACGAGUCUUAUGUUGAAUGUAAGGAAGGUUAAUGAUAAUUACAUGCUGCAGUUGAUUAAUGGUCU